GCGGCGGGCCCCGCCUCCCGGAGCAGAGAGGAGGGCGCGACGUUUCCGGGAGCCCGGCAGCCGCGGGCACCUCUCAGGGAGUUUCCGACGUCAACCCGGAGGCCCCUUCCCCGCGCACAUCGGCUGGAGAGGCUGUGCAGGAGAGGCCUACAGCCGGGUUAGGCAGACAAAUGGAAAACGGGCAAUUAGAGAGGAAAUGUAAACACAUAGGGCUUCCUGGAGGGAGCGGCAUUUACACUGAUCUGAAGGUCUACAGAACUGGACCCAGAGAGGUUGGAAGAGCAUCGCAGUGAAAUCAAGCCUCCGAGCCCAGAUGCCCGUCCAGCCUCCGAGCAAAGACACAGAAGAGAUGGAAGCAGAGGGUGACUCGGCCGCCGAGAUGAACGGGGAGGAGGAAGAGAGCGGGGAGGAGCGCAGCGGCAGCCAGACGGAGUCCGACGAGGAGAGCUCAGAGAUGGACGAUGAGGACUACGAGCGGCGUCGCAGCGAGUGCGUCAACGAGAUGCUGGACCUGGAGAAGCAGUUCUCGGAGCUAAAGGAGAAGUUGUUCAGGGAGCGGCUGAGUCAGCUGAGGGCGAGGCUGGAGGAAGUCGGGGCUGAGCGGGCUCCUGAGUACACAGAGCCUCUGGGGGGCCUGCAGCGGAGCCUCAAGAUCCGCAUUCAGGUGGCAGGGAUCUACAAGGGCUUCUGUCUGGACGUGAUCCGGAACAAGUACGAGUGUGAGCUGCAGGGAGCCAGACAGCACCUGGAGCCCUUCCAGAGUGAGAAGCUGCUGCUGUACGACACGCUGCAGGGGGAGCUGCAGGAGCGGAUCCAGAGGCUGGAGGAGGACCGCCAGAGCCUGGACCUCAGCUCUGAGUGGUGGGACGACAGACUGCGCGCCCGAAGCAGCACAAAGGCCUGGGACUGCCUGCCGGCCAGCAAGAGAAAGAAGGCUCCUCUCGUCUCUGGUCCUUACAUUGUGUACAUGCUGCAGGAGAUCGACAUCCUGGAGGACUGGACGGCUAUCAAAAAGGCUAGAGCAGCUGUGUCCCCUCAGAAGAGAAAAGCAGACGCUUAUCACCUGCAGUGCUCUCCGCUUUUGGCAUUCCCUCAGGACCGUGACCUUGCCAUUCAGAGCCAGGGGGCCCCUUGGAGCAACUGGCCGCAAAGCCAGGAUCCACAUUUUCCUGCUGUGAGAAGGCAGACUGACAGGGUCUGUCCAGCCAGCUCCCCGGUACUGCUGGUGGAUCUUCCCCUCCAGCCAUCACUGGUCCGGACUCCUCUGCCCUCCUCGGGGGGCCUGCACAGCUGUGGCCCAGAGCUGCCCUAGCCAGGCCAGACUGUCUCCUCCGUCCCCAGCGCGUGCACCGGCGCCCCCUCCCAGAGGGCAGCCUCCUCCUCCCACAGAGAAGGUGGGGCUCCUCUUACACCAAAGCAGCAUCCUUCCUGAUGACCUUGGACCAGUCACUGAGCCAGUGAGCUGGGCCCCAUUUCGUGGGAACUCUGAGCCAGACAUCAUAUUUUGGGGGGCCUGUCUUUUCUGGCUGCUGUUGGAGGUGAGAAGGCAUGUUCCCCAGGUCUUCUCAAGGAGGUUCUUGGUGUCUCCCAGAUUUCAGGGACUGGAAUUAAAACCUUUCCUGGGACAUCGGUA